AUGCAGCACGUACCACAACACUCCCGAAGUGGCCGGUGUUUGUGACAAACUACUGACUUUGUUCUUCCUUCUUUGUCUUCAUUUUCAGGGACAACGUUUUUUGGUUCAAUACAAGGGACUGUAUGCUGUGUGUGUGACCUGAGAGUGAGACUAUGUUCCUUGGACAGCUGAGCGGGCGGCUGGUUUUGUCCGCCCUGAGGCGGCAGCGCUGUCCCGCAUGGGCGGCCACCCUGUCAAACUGCUCCGUUCACAAGGAAACAACCACACGUACAAACGGGUUUCACACAGAGCCCAGCGGAGCGAGCAGAGCUCUUAGGAGCCGGAGCACAGUCCUGGGGUCUCUGCGGGAAUCACAGGGGAAGGGAAGGAGGAGCUUCAGCCUGUCGGCGUCUGCUGUGGUGAACUCCGCACCCGCCCACCUGCGACCCUACCUGCGGCUGAUGAGGCUGGACAAACCCAUCGGGACGUGGCUGCUGUAUCUGCCGUGUGCUUGGAGCAUUGCGAUGGCUGCAGAGCCGGGUUGUCUGCCAGAUCUGGGCAUGAUGGCUCUGUUUGGCACCGGCGCUCUGCUGAUGAGGGGGGCCGGCUGCACCAUCAACGACAUGUGGGAUAAAGACUUCGACAAACAAGUGGCCAGGACGGCCUCUCGACCCAUAGCAUCGGGGGAGAUUUCCCAAAUGCAGGCCCUAGUUUUCCUCGGAGGACAACUCUCUCUUGCACUCGGGGUUCUUUUGUGUCUUAACUACUACAGCAUAGCUCUGGGUGCAGCCUCAUUAUCGCUUGUCAUCACCUACCCACUGAUGAAGAGGGUCACUUAUUGGCCACAGCUUGUAUUGGGACUCACCUUCAACUGGGGCGCUCUGCUUGGCUGGUCUGCUGUGAGGGGCUUUUGUGAUUGGUCCGUUUGCCUCCCGCUGUACUUGUCAGGAGUGAUGUGGACUCUGAUAUAUGACACAAUAUAUGCUCAUCAGGAUAAGGAAGACGACAUCAAGGUUGGGGUUAAAUCCACUGCGUUGAGGUUCCAGGAGCAAACCAAGCUUUGGCUGGGCGGUUUCACGGUGGCCAUGAUGUCGGGACUGGUUGUAGCCGGGAUCAACGCUGAGCAGACGCUGCCGUACUACGCUGCACUGAGCGCUGCAGCCGUUCACGUAGCACACCAGAUUUACUCCGUGGACAUCAACAAAGCAGAAGACUGCUGGAAGGAAUUUAUCUCAAAUAGAAACCUUGGACUCUUGUUGUUUGUCGGUAUUGUUGCCGGCAAUCUGUGGAAAACAUCAAGAGAAAGUUUACAGGAAAAUGAAAAAGCAUCCAGAUAAGCAAGACGGUUGAUGAAUGUUAUAAAACUGAUUUUAAACUAUGAAAUUAAUUUAUUGGAUUUCCAUAAGUCUUUAGGUAUAUGUUUUAUUAUUGCUAUUUUUUUAACCACCAGAGUGCAGCAUAAUUCAGUUGCCACCUGAGGAGUGUAUAGUAUGUUCUGGUGUCAGUGUUAUGUUUUGGUCUGUCAACAAUUUAAAAUAAAUAUCCAGUUCUUUUUCUGGACUC